ACUCACUCUAUAGUCAAAUAACCGUCUAUAAAAAGCAACUUUUCAGUCUUCUUUUCUUCAACCUCGCUCCACCAUUUCGUUUCCAAAGCCUAGCUUCUCUCUCCAACCUUCGCCGAUCAGGAAAUGUCGAACCAGAAGACUCACUACUGUGGCUAUGCUGUGGUUGUGCCGAACGACACCACUGUCAGCACAAAACAGAGCGGAGCUAGUACUGGAAACUAUGAGAUGACAACCAGGAGCAACAACUACGACAAGCAGAGUGGCAGCUACUUACGUCAAACUGCUAAGGAGUCGUACUCAAGUGGGGAUUACUCUAACAGGGGGAAAACUGGAUACAAGGCUGAGUACAAGACUAGCUCAACUGUGAAGGUUGGCGACAAAGGAGGUUACACUGAGUACUACAAGCAGGAGAAGGUGACUAGGGUGAACUAUUGACAGUGGCAGCAACUCUGGAGGUAGCAAGGGCAACUAUGGUGGCGGUGGCAAGAAGUAUCUUUACUGAUGGCACUCUUUAGGUUCCUCGUCUGAAAAGAAAUCAAUUUAGGAAUUUGAUGCUCUAAUGUAGUUGAUCCAAAUACUUUGUUCUACUUCUAGCAAUGGUUGAUAUUGAUGUUAUUAUGCAGUUUUAACUCUCAAGUGUAACUAGGAUUGGCUCUUCUGGUUUGUUAAAAGCAAUGGAGGUGGGAAGUUAAAUGUUUAAAGCUUAUGGUUUGCAUUAAGCUUUCUGGCUGCCUGUUGUUUCUAUGAUAUGAUUAGAUUUUGAUGCAAACUUCGAUGGUAUUUAAGCAAGGAUGGUAUUAAAGUCUUUUUAGAUGUACACCUCAACCUCCCUUCUACUAGUUCUUGCUCAUCGGUAAAAAAAUAAAUUUAAAACUAAAAAGGCUCCUGUAUUUAUUGGCAAAGGGGAGGUGAACUUUUAUGUAAAGUGGA